UGUCUCUGAUCCGAUCGAUUCCCCUGAAUUGCCGCUUGCAGUAAGUGUGGCUGGGGGAGGCAGGCGGUGGCGAGGGCAUCACGUGGCACCGCCCCAGGCUAGUCCUUUUUGGGAGCGAGGACGAAUCCCCUCCACCUGCCCCAGAAAAGCACGGUUUCAAGCAACUCUUCUUCCCCUGUGAUGUUGACGACGAAUCCAGACCCUUGAAAAUUGGAGUGGCAUGGGCGCUAUUGAUAGCUCCCUGAUUGAGCCUGUAUCACUUUCUUAAUCCGCUCGUUUUGAUUUUUCGUUACACGGCUUCCGACGAACGGACACGUCUACAUUUGCCUUCUGCCUUCUCUCCUUAUCGAUUAGACCGACCUCAGAGCAGUCGAAUCGAAAUCCUAAUACGACAUACCGAUUAAUUUGAUACGUUAUCCCAAGUCUUGACGACCGUUUCUUUUAUCGCAUUAUCAUAUUUCCUAUCUCAAAUCACAUUCCACCAAAUCGCAAAAUGACGGGCCCGUCGAUUCAGGAUCGCACGACUGAAUUCCAGGCCAUCUUGGGCCAGGCCAAGAAGCGCAUCAACACUUCGAAAGGAUCGCAGCGCCAGGCGCUGCUGUCGGAUGCCCAGCGGAGACAGGCCAAUGGGUAUGCUGAUGGAGCGCAAGAUGGCAAGAGAGCUAGGUCGGAGUUUGCCAAGCGGGCGGCGGAGAUUGGACGGGGUAUUACUGCGACCAUGGCGAAGUUGCAGCGACUGGCUGAAUUGGCCAAGCGAAAGACCCUCUUCGAUGACAGGCCUGUUGAAAUCUCUGAAUUGACCUAUGUCAUCAAGCAAGACCUUGCAUCGUUGAACCAACAGAUUGCCUCGCUGCAAGCACUGACACUAUCGCAACACCCCAAGUUGAAUCGAUCAAAGGCCGACCAAGAGGGAGAACAUAAUGACAAUGUUGUCGUUAUGUUGCAAGGAAAACUCGCAGAUGUCGGCGCAAAUUUCAAAGACGUUUUGGAAGUUCGAACAAAGAACAUUCAAGCGUCGCGAUCCAGAACCGAGAACUUUGUCUCAUCAGUAUCGUCCAAGUCUCAAACGGCCCUCGAUACGCAGCGGUCAGACUCUCCCUUAUACAACCCAUCUGGAAGAAGAACGCCACAACCGGGAUUUCAGGGUGGUUCUUCGGAUCUCCUGACUCUCGAGCCCUCGAAUCCAUCCCCUCUUGGAGGGCCAUCGAUGCAGACGGACCAACAAUUAUUGGUCAUGGAGGAGGCUCAGUCGAGCAACUCGUACAUCAAUGCCCGAGGAGAGGCGAUUGAUGCGAUUGAAAGGACGAUCAGCGAGUUGGGUGGUAUUUUCGGGCAGCUGGCACAGAUGGUCAGCGAGCAGUCGGAAAUGAUCCAGCGGAUCGAUGCGAAUACAGAAGAUGUGGUGGACAAUGUGCAAGGUGCACAACGAGAAUUAAUGAAAUACUGGACCAGGGUAUCUGGAAACCGGUGGCUUGUUGCUAAGAUGUUUGGAGUUUUGAUGAUUUUCUUCCUUCUCUGGGUGUUGAUAUCAGGAUAGACACGCCCACCUUCUCUUCUAAUGUAUUAUUAUUGAAUG